AUGAGGGAAGAAUUUAACUGCAUCCAAAGGGAUAUUAAAUGUAACUGCAAGAAAUCCACUGUAGCUAUGCCAGCGGCUCUUACUGGUCCGAAGGCGACUGCAUCGGUGCCGGCACCACCGCAAUCCCGGUGUGCGGGUGCCGCCUUUCGGCGCAGAAGCCCCCGCGGCGGGAGCAGCGCCCGGCCACCGCAGCCCGGCCCGGCCGCCCUCACAGGCGGGGGCGCCCCGGCGCCUCGCCGGGCCGUCGCGGGAAGAGGGCGCGGCCCUUGCAGACGCCUCCACAGGCGAAGGCGGCAGCCCCCCGCCGCCCCCCGGGAGAGCGGGACUCCCCUCGGCCGCCUCUCUCAGGCGCCGCCCGCCGAAGGGAACCCGCCGCCUCAACGCCUGAGGGAGCCACGGCCGCGCGCGCCCCCCCCGCUCAACAGCCGCCGGGUGCAGGCGCAGGCGCGCGCGGCGGGGGCGGCCGCCCGCUGGCGGCGCGCGCAGGGGAGAGGGCGGCUGGCAGCGUCGCCGCGCGGGAGUGGCGCCAGCGGUAGAAGGGCGUCGGGAGGCACCGUUAACGCAGGCGCGGUGGCCAAGUGCAGACCCCCGUGGCGCUGGAGCUGGGUGGGGCAGGGGCGCUGGGUACAGGGGCAGGAGCCUGCGGCGCUCACCCCACUCCCAGCCCACACAGCCACCCAUGCCGCAGGCCUGGCGGGACCACUAGCAGCCAUGAAGCCCAGUGCGGGGACACUGGCGGGACCCGCCACCAAACCCACACGCACAGUUAAGGGCUGACAGCACGUAAAGCCAUGCUAACAAUGUAAAUAAUAACAGCGCUACAAAUCGAAGGAAACCUGUAUUGAUUCAUGUUUGAUAUUUGCUUGCCAUUUGAAAUGUCACUGACCUUUGAUUAGUCUGCAGAGUCAUUUUGUUUUCUUCCUGACAAAUAUUCCUCUCGUGGUCUGUUGUCUAGAAUCAAAACUGUGUAAUUGCUGUACAAGCCAAUAUAACUGUCAUUAACUAUUUACACUAGGUUUUGUAAAAUCUUUGAAAAGAAAAUAUGUAAAUUCUGUUGGUAGGUCAAAAUGGUUAUUCAAGUUGUAUUUUGGUCUAAAGAGGGGCUCUAACUGUUUAUUCAAUAUAAGGUGCUUUGUCCCCCCCAAAGACUACGUGUUAUGAUGAUUAUCUACUGUAUCAAUUACAUGUAAUUAAAAUUUAUAUUUUUUGUGCUUA